AUGAAAUACAACCGCUUCUUCUCCUACUGCCUUCCGUCAAUUUCCAGCUCCACCGGCCAUCUCACCUUCGGCAAAGGAGGAGGCUCCGCUAACGGCGUCAAGUUCACCAAGCUCACCACGUUAUCCAAAAGAGCUUCAUCGUUUUAUGGCCUCGGCCUCACCGGCAUCAGCGUCAACCGGCGCCAGCUGCCGGUUGCGUCCUCGGUCUUUUCGUCUGCGGGAACCAUCAUCGACUCGGGGACGGUGAUCACGCGGCUGCCGGCGACUGCGUACAGGGCGUUGAGGGACGCGUUUCGGGAGGGUAUGAAAAACUACAAGAUGACUAUGUCGAUUUCGCUGCUGGACACGUGUUACAAUUUCAGUGGCUACAAGACGGUGUCGUAUCCGGGUAUUGCGUUUAGGUUUGGGGACGGGGUUACGGUGGACUUGGACCCGGCCGGGAUAUUGUAUGUGGUAAGUAGUUUGCAGGCUUGCUUGGCGUUUGCGGGACACAAGGAUGAUACUGGCUUGGGGAUUAUUGGGAAUGUUCAACAGAAGAGGUUGGAGGUGGUGUAUGACGUGGCUGGUAAAGAAGUCGGAUUUGCCCCUGCAAGUUGCCCCUGA